AUGCCUUACACUCCUCCCUCCCAGCGAUCUCCAGCUGUCUCUACCUCACAUUCGCCCACUCUUAGUCGUCGUUCCUCAAUCCAAGGGCACCAGCACUCCCACCAGUACUCCCACUCUCAUUCCCACCCUGCACAUUCCGAUCACUCACUACUGUCCCUGCCGUCGAGACCUGACCUCCCGCGCUCAACCUCAUACCUGAAUCGCCAUCGACGGACCCCCUCUGUCAAGACUACAGCAUUUGCCCCAAAUCCUAUCGAGCCCAGUCCACCCGGAUCUGCGGACAACGAGAAGGAUGUCGAAAACGGUCUGACUGCGUCUGCCAGUCUUAGGCAAUCACCCCCACCUGUGACAGACGACUCCCAAAUACCUACUAAUGUCGUCAUCUCACCACCCGACUCAACCCUAAACUCAAGCGACGAUGAAGACUCAAAGGAUCGUGGGCGGGAAUUGGUUAAUGAGGCGGAACUGCGAGCUGUCAUCAGAACCAUCGAACAACAUCGUGACGGCUCACCCAUUCGGACAGCGGAAGAGAUUAGCAAGGCCAAUCAACACCUGACUUUGAUCGUGCCUUCUACUAAACUCGAGGACGGACCAACCACUUCCCAUGUUGAGAAGGCUUUAACCGAAGCAGUACGAAAGAUCUCCCACAAUAGAUCCCACACCGACUCGGCUAUCUUCAUUGAUUUGCAGCCUAGUCAAGCCCCAGAAACACCCUUGACCGGUUCGGAUGAAGAGUCUAUAAGUGAUGGAGACGAUCCAGAUCGGUCGCGUCGGAAACCGCCAAUGCUCCGGAAGAAAUCAGGUGAACUUGUCAGACCAGCUCUUCGACCUUCAUCUGCAAGACGGCGGCCUUCUAGUAUGCCUGGUACCCCAACCUUCGGCAAGGCGGUCCACUUCGACUCGCACCUCGAACAUGUCCGACACUUCCUUCAGGUGGAUAGACCGUUAGCGGUCAGCGCCGGCUCGUCGCCUGUCGAAGUGUAUGACAGCGACACCGAGUUCCCCUUUGGCGAAGAAGGUACAACAGGAAAAACCCCGCCAUUCGAAUGGGAAAUUGUCGUUUCUAACUUUCCCUCUGAGACACCUCAACGCCUAUCACUUCCCGUUAGGGUCGAGAGAGUGUUCUUGUCAGCUGACAACAAAACACUGAUUGGUAGCGUUGCCGUGGCCAAUCUCGCCUUCAACAAGCACGUUGUGGCUAGGUUCACGCUGGAUUACUGGAAGACUACUUCAGAAGUUGUCGCCGAGUUUAACAAUGAUGUCCGGCAACCCAAGUUUGCAGAUGGAUAUGACCGGUUCAACUUCAACAUCAAACUUGCCGACCAAGCAAAUCUUGAGGCCAAGACCAUGUUCUUCUGUGUCAAGUACUCAGUGAACGGUCAAGAAUACUGGGACAACAAUAACUCUACCAACUUCCAAGUUGACUUCAGGAAGAAGGCAAAGCUACAGAAUGGAAAGAAGGGCACACAAGGAGCUGGAACCAGACCUGCUCACUCCCUGCCAAGGAGCCAUAAGAAGUCUCAAGCAAGCGGACGAACCAAGUCAAUGAACGCCGCUUUUGACGACUUUGCCGAUGGCCACUUUGAUUCCAAAUACAAGCUUGACGAUCGCACGCAACCUGUCAAUGAUUUCAUGGGAGAAACCGGCACUCCAUUGAGAUUGAAGGGUGUGCAGUCUUCCAUCAGUCUUGGAUCAGAUAAUCUUACUCGGCGCGCACCUCAACCUAACGGGCAAGCUUUCGGGAACCGUUACGACUUUGGUGCCUCGUUGUCGGCAGCUAUCUCAGCUGCGAAUAACGUAAUGGGUGAUCGAAGUGGGAUUACCAUGAAGUCGGCCCCAAAGAAGCAACCUGCCAAAUUCAUCACUGGUCCUGAAGAUCCUAUCUCACCCCGCACAUCCGUGACCAGUGAGCAGUCUAGCGAGCAGUCCUCUACCAAACCCCCUGUGAACAAGGCCAUCGCAUCUGACCAGCCUUCUUCCAGUGGUACGGACUCUCCUCGGCCCACUGGGACUGAGAAACCCCAUCUUGCUUCUCAAUCCUACAACGAGCUGCUAGACAAGUAUUGCUUCUUUGGGUCUGUCAAGAGUUCACCGCAGCUCAAAGAAGGGACUUUACGAUCUGGCCAAUACGACGGCGGCAAUGACGAUGGUUAUGUCCUUGGGUCUGCCGAGUCUACUGCAGAUAGUUCGCCUUUAAUAAUGGAAAAAACUUCACCUCCACGAACCCAGACAGCGAGUGUACGUGCUUCUCGGUCUACCUCGCCAGCCCCAAUGACGGGCUUCGUAACGGGUACGUCUUCGAUGUACCACAACAUGGACAAUGGUUUCUCGUUUCGCGACACUCAUACAGCAACAGCUAUUCGAGGUUAA